AUGCCGAGGGCUAGUCUAGCUACAUUUCUCAUCGUCACCAGCUUGUUCUCCACCGCCAGCCAUCUCGGAACGCUAGCGUCCGGCGCUCAGCCCGACGAAGAUCUCUCUGCCCUUGACGUCGUGUCCAAAAUCCGCACGGAUUGGGGCUCGAUUGUGAGGGCCUCUUUGGAUUUCGGACACAUAGUAGAGACCACCCCCAUGGGGGUUUUUCACCCGGCGUCACCCUCUGACAUAUCUGCUCUAAUACGCUUCUCGCUCAGCCAGCCUGCGCCUUUCACAGUGUCACCACGUGGGCAAGGGCACUCCUCUAGGGGACAGGCCCUGGCCUCAGGUGGUAUCGUCGUCGACAUGCCAUCGCUGCAAGGACACAACGGCGGUGAUCACGGCCGCCGUGUCAACGUGUCGGUGGACGGAAUGUACGUGGACGUCGGCGGCGAGCAACUGUGGAUCGACGUCCUUGCUGCCACGCUCCGGCAUGGCGGUGGCCUUGCGCCCCGCGUGUGGACCGACUACCUCCGGAUCACCGUCGGCGGCACGCUCUCCAAUGCCGGCAUCGGCGGGCAGGCGUUUCGACACGGCCCGCAGAUCUCCAACGUGCAGGAACUUGAUGUGGUCACAGGCACGGGCGACAUGAUCACCUGCUCCCGGAGCCAGAACUCGGACCUCUUCUUUGCGACAUUGGGCGGGCUGGGUCAGUUUGGGGUGAUAACCCGGGCCCGGGUCGGGCUUGAACCGGCUCCGAAACGGGUCAAGUGGGUCCGGCUCGCCUACUCGGACGUACGCUUGUUCACUGCUGAUCAAGAGCUGCUCAUAUCGAAAGCGGCCGGAUUCGAUUACGUGGAGGGGCAGGUCCAGCUUAACCGGACCCUGACGGAGGGCCGAAGGUCGUCCUCCUUCUUCUCGGCUUCCGAGCUUGCUCGGCUUGCAGGGCUCACCUUGGACACGGGAUCGGCCGCGAUCUACUACAUCGAAGGCGCAAUGUACUAUGAUGGCUACUCCGCUGCCACCGUGGAUCAGAAGCUCGAAGCGCUACUGGAGGAACUGAGCUUUCUCCCGGGGUUGGUGUUCAUAAGGGAUGUUGCAUACGUGCAGUUCCUGGACCGUGUUGGCCAGGAGGAGCAGAAGCUCCGGUCGGCCGGCGCCUGGGACGUGCCGCACCCGUGGCUAAACCUCUUCGUCCCGAAAUCACGCAUCCACGAAUUUGAUGCCGGCGUGUUCAAGGGCAUCCUCAAGGACGCCAAGCCCGUGGGGCUCCUCCUCAUGUAUCCAAUGAACAAGAACAAGUGGGACAACCAGAUGACGGCGAUGACGCCCGAUGAGGACGUUUUCUACGCCGUUGGGCUGCUCCGGUCGGCCAUGGGCCCCGGGGACUUGGAGCGGCUGGAGAAGGAGAACGAGGCGGUGCUCGGGUUCUGCGACCGGGCUGGGAUCGGGUGCAAGCAGUACCUGCCACACUAUGCGUCCAUGGACGCCUGGAGGCAGCAUUUUGGGAACAAGUGGAGCUGGGUUGCCGAGCUCAAGGCCAAGUAUGACCCCAAAGCGAUUCUGUCGCCGGGACAGGGGAUCUUCCCGUCCGCGAGAACCAGCAGCACACCCACUUUAAUCUCGGCAUCCUAAGGUUUUUUUCAAGUUCGGAGGUUUCAUGCCGGUGAGCGGGAGAAGCAGUCAAGCAGGGGACUCGGGGAUUGGGUUUGUUCAUUUCAUCAUUUGUUGGAAAAGCAUCCGUGCACGUAGAACCUGGUAGCUCUUCCUUUCAAAAAAGGGAUCGUCGAGCUCAGGUUGGUCGGUAUGAUCGAUAGGCACGUAUUCAGAGCACAGGUGUCCAAAUGGACACAUGUGGAUCUGUUUUUUGUUUGAAAUCCAUGGAAAGCAGGCAUUCGGA